AUGAGCGCUUCAUCAUCAAAACAAUCAACGGACUCAACUUCUACUUCCUCGUCAACAAUCAGACAGAGAUCAAACACGAAUAUUACUUCUAAUGAAGAAAUAAUUGAAUCAUGCGUGUCACAUGUUCACAAAAUUGAAGCAUCUGAAGUUUUUAAAGAAAAGCUUGAACAACACAUACGUAAUUUUAAAUUGGAUGAAUCAGACAAUGAUGAUUCAGCAAAAUCUGGUGUUACUCAUUGUUCAAUUGAAUCUCUCGAAGCUGAACCAACACCAGAUCAAGGUUGUCGAUCGCAUAUUACUAAACAUGUCUGUGGUAAGUAA